GAGGCAGCAGAGCGACGGGAACUUCAGCAGCUCUGCUCCGUAUAUCUCCACCCAGCCUGCGUCUGAGGGACUCAUUCAUCUCCGUCUGAGCGGCUGCUCGGUCCGACUGCAUCCGGCCCCCCCCGCCUCCGUCUGUCCAUCCAGCUGUUUUAUAUCCCCUCCAUUCAUCCAGCGGCGCGUCCGCAUCUGCGCCCGGGAAGGACAGACGCAUCAAUUGGAAAACCGCAGACCUGGCAACUUUUCUCUCCGAAUUGAUCAGCGUUUGAUCACCGGGAGAGUCUUCCUCAUUCAGCGGUCGCCCGACGCUGCGAGGAUGGCUGGCUGACCUCGGAGCUCACCGAUUGGUCCGUUGAUCUUUGCUGGCCCCAGCUGCCGUCAUGGCCAAAAGCCCAGAGGUGAAGCUGGCCGUCUUUGGCAGAGCAGGGGUGGGCAAGUCAGCUUUGGUGGUGAGAUUUCUGACCAGACGCUUCAUCUGGGAGUACGACCCGACACUCGAAUCAACAUAUCGACAUCAAGCCAACAUCGACGAUGAGGUCGUUACCAUGGAGAUUCUGGACACUGCUGGGCAGGAAGACAUCCAGCAAAAGGAGGGCCACGUGCGUUGGGGAGACGGAUUUGUCAUCGUGUACGACAUCACGGACCGCGGAAGCUUCGAGGAUGUGGCGCCGCUACGAAGUCUCCUAGAGGAGGUGAAGAGGCCGAAAAACGUGCCUCUGGUCCUCGUGGGCAACAAGUGCGACCUGGACCACGUCCGGCAGGUUGGCACGGAGGAAGGCGAGCGGCUGGCGGCUGAAAUGGCGUGCGCCUUCUACGAAUGUUCGGCGUGCGCCAACGAGGGCGGCGCCGUGGCCGAGGCCUUCCACGAGCUGUGCCGCGAAGUGAGGCGCCGCAAGGCCGUGCAGGGCAAGGCCAGACGCCGCAGCUCCACCACGCACGUCAAACAGGCCAUAAACAAGAUGCUGACCAAGAUCAGCAGCUAGAGAAGAAGAGUCUGACGGAGCAGGAAAUGUACAACUUUCUCAUGUAAAUGUUGCAAGCAGCUAUCAGCUCCAAAAAUGUGACUGCAGCCUGUGGAACGCGUUCUUCACUUAUUCUCGUACUUGUUCCCAUCCAAAAGGCAAUAUCUCCUUCGUGUGGAAGCUCAUGUCGGCAUUUUAGCAUGGUCCAAACUUUUUCAGCUUAUUUGGAUCACAGCAAUUCUGGAUACAGGUGAGCUAUUUGUAUGUUCUGUAUCUGUAUUGCGUAUUGUUCUUCAGCAGUGGUCAAAGAAAAAAUAAGAACUGUCCUUAACUCGUGUCGCUCCUUCAAGAUCUCCCCGUCAGUCAAAGUAUAUAAAGUCGACGACAUGUUCUUGACAUUAAUCGUUUCUGUUGUGUCCUCCCUACUUUUGUGCAUAACAUGUGGAACCAGUGAGGUUCAGAACAUUUUUUGCAGUUUUCUUCUAACCUUCUGAAGAAAGCAGUCACAACAUGUCACAUUCAAGGGGAUGUUCUUAUCAACUGUAAUUUUAAAUUCUGCAAACUAAGUGAGUAUAGAGCCCAAAGGCAUGUACAGUAGAAGAUACUGUAUUGUUGAAAUGGAAUAUGUUUAUAUGUACGUGACCUGUAUAAUCAAAAACAACCAGAUGUGCACUCAGAAUUAAAAAUGUAAGUAUAUGCCA